CACCACCAAACACACACACACACACACACACACACACAGCUUUACAGAAAAGGAAACACCACGUUUGAGUCGGUGGCUGCUGCUGCUGCUGCUAACUACAACGCAGAGAACACAAUUGAAAGAAACUUGAGCGAAGAAAAAAAUAAGCUUUGCAAAACAAGGAAGAUACCUCAUGUAAAAAAAAAAAAAAACCCCACAACUAGCGUCGCAGCUAUGCUCCACAGACACCAACGCAUCAGCGGGGAUUCCACAGAAAAAUCACUACGCCCAGAUACUAGCGAGCAAAAAGAAUCUGAAGCCACUUCUGCAACCGCUAAGGCUGCUGCGAGAGCUGCCUCUGUGAGCGCUGAGCGGUUCGGCAGAACUUGUACGAGUAGUCGUCGCAGUAGCAGUACCGGUACCCGUGAGAAAGUUGGGUUUAACUCCGCGAUAGACGUGGAGCUAAAAGGAGUGAGUGUCGUGCAACUCAGAUCGUUAUUCGAGCCUGGCAGUGGAACUGAAACACACCACCCCCACCGUCAUCAACAUCGACCCCCAGCCGGCAAACAAAUGCCCAAAGAGCGGCGGAGAUCAUCCAGGGAGGUCGCCCACCAUUCCAACGGUGAGGGUGGCGUGGGCGCGGGUGUCAGUACCCGGGAGCGUAAAAGCAGCCGCAGCAGAAUGAGUGAUAGCUGGACUGGCGCUAACGCCAGCAGAGCCCCCUCCGAGGGCGAAGUCGGCGGGGGCAAGGCUCCGAACUGCUUGCGGACCCCCAGCGUCCCGCAGCUUACGAUAACCCCCAGCGGCGGGGGCAGCCCCCGGGAGAUGGGCGAGGACUGGAACGACGUGGACGGACCGCUGCGCAGAAAGAUGUCCAACUCCUCCAUCUCCUCCAACGGGUCGACUGUUUGUGAGGAGUCCGAAGAUGAUAUUCUGAGUGACAACGAAACCAAGAGUCAAGGCAUCGUUACCUUGGAGCCGGCAGAGGACACACCUGUUAACAGGCCCUGGAGGAAGCUCAAGACCAUCGUUCACUGGCCCUUCAUCGUGUCGCAGAGGAAGCGCUACUCCUGGAUCCAGCUCGCCGGACACAAAGGAAACUUCAAGGCCGGCGAGGAGGGCACGGUGCUGAAGAAGUUCAGUGAGAAUGAGAAGAGGUGCUUUGAGCGGCUGAUGGGGGACGUGCUGUACUCCUUCGUCCCGGCCUACCACGGGAUGGUGGAGAGAGAGGGGGAGCCCUACCUGCAGCUCACUGACCUGCUGGGGGGGUUCAACGGACCCUGCGUCAUGGACUGCAAGAUCGGAGUGAGGACGUACCUCGAGGAGGAGCUAGCCCGUGCUCGCAAGAGCCCCAAGCUGCGCAAGGACAUGUACAACAAGAUGGUGGAGGUGGAGGCAGAGGCCCCCACUCCAGAGGAGCAUGCCCAGAAGGCAGUCACCAAGCCCCGGUACAUGCAGUGGAGAGAAUCCAUGAGCUCCACACACUCCCUGGGCUUCCGGAUCGAGGGCAUCAAGAAAGCGGACGGGACCUGCAGCACAGACUUCAAGAGGACCAAGACCCAGGAGCAAGUGACGCUGGUCUUCAGGGACUUCGUGGAGGGGAACAAGAGGAUCAUGGAAACCUACCUGGCUAAGCUGGAAGAGAUCAGGAGAGUGCUGGAGUCCUCCGAAUUCUUCAAGAGUCACGAGGUGAUCGGGAGCUCACUGCUCUUCAUUCAUGACCACAAUGAGCUGGCCAAUGUGUGGCUCAUUGACUUUGGAAAGACCACCCCCCUGUCCGAGGGGCAGACCCUGACCCACCGGGCAGAGUGGUGCGAGGGAAACCGCGAGGACGGCUACCUGUGGGGGCUGGACAACAUGGUGAGGUUGGUCAGCAACAUCGCCAGGGACCUACCAGAGAAGACAGUGGACAACCAGGACUCACCAGAGCAGACGGGAUAACCAGGACUGACCAUCAACGAAGACUGACCAUAUACUAGAACUGACCAUACAGUAGGGCUGACCGUACACUAGGACUGACCAUCAACCAGGACUGAGCAACACACACAGGCAUUAACCAGUGACACACACACACACACAGUCAUUAACCAGUGACACACACACACACACACACACACACACAGGCAUUAACCAGUGACACACACACACACACACACACACACACACAGUCAUUAACCAGUGACACACACACACACACACACACACAGUCAUUAACCAGUGACACACACACACACACACACACACACACAGGCAUUAACCAGUGACACACACACACACACACACAACUAGGACUGGCCGGACCGCAGGCAGUCAGCUCAAACUAUUAUUGUACUUUAUUUUAUUGUUAAAAACUCUGAGAGAGACACUUGACUGAGAACACUUCCAGCCCCUUCCAGCCCACGCUGGCGCUGCUUACCUCCUGAGAUCUGGGUUUGAGACGCUUGACUGAGAACACUUCCAGCCCACGCUGGCACUGCUUACCUCCUGAGAUCUGGGUUUGAGACGCUUGACUGAGAACACUUCCAGCCCACGCUGGCACUGCUUACCUCCUGAGACCUGGGUUUGAGACGCUUGACUGAGAACACUUCCAGCCCACGCUGGCACUGCUUACCUCCUGAGAUCUGGGUUUGAGACGCUUGACUGAGAACACUUCCAGCCCACGCUGGCACUGCUUACCUCCUGAGAUCUGGGUUUGAGACGCUUGACUGAGAACACUUCCAGCCCACGCUGGCACUGCUUACCUCCUGAGAUCUGGGUUUGAGACGCUUGACUGAGAACACUUCCCGCCACUUCCAGUUUACACAAAUGUGACUGAAAAGGAUUUUAGCUAGCGGAAUUAUUGUAGUGACCCUUAACCUGUUAUAAAGGAGCGUGAGUAAGCAGGUGUGCCGUGUUCCUGUAGCACAGAGGCAGGGUCAGCAGGGUCAGCAGGUGUGCCGUGUUCCUGUAGCACAGAGGCAGGGUCAGCAGGGUCAGCAGGUGUGCCGUGUUCCUGUAGCACAGAGGCAGGGUCAGCAGGGUCAGCAGGUGUGCCGUGUUCCUGUAGCACAGAGGCAGGGUCAGCAGGGUCAGCAGGUGUGCCGUGUUCCUGUAGCACAGAGGCAGGGUCAGCAGGUGUGCUGUGUUCCUGUAGCACAGAGGCAGGGUCAGCAGGUGUGCCGUGUUCCUGUAGCACAGAGGCAGGGUCAGCAAGGUCAGCAGGUGUGCUGUGUUCCUGUAGCACAGAGGCAGGGUCAGCAGGUGUGCCGUGUUCCUGUAGCACAGAGGCAGGGUCAGCAGGGUCAGCCAGGGUCAGCGGUUCAGCAGGUUAGCAGGGACACACACAGGGGUAGAAGGGGAGACUGAUAAUCCAAUCACAGCUCUUACCUUUAGACUCACACUGAUGAUGCAAAAAGCCCUUGUGGACAGAAGCAUGUUUUAGUGAUCUUUAGUAGAGAGCAUCAAUGCUGUAAUGAAAAACGGAACCCCAAUACCAAUGCUGUACCCGCUGCUUUAUAACCCGCUGAGCCUGCAGGCAGUGUAUCCUUUGCCUUGUUGCAAUGUCGAAGACACAAGCUGUUUUAAAAACAUGUAGGUAAUGUUUACUGAUUAGAACACUAAGUCCAGGUUACUGCUUUCAACCAGAGAGACCUUUUUAUUCAUUUUGAAUUUGAAUUUUAAAACAUGUUCUUUAUUUACUCUUUUUAAUGCGUAAUAAUAUCAUGUGUGCUCAUUUGAAAUAACAUUACGUGGACACACUACCCUGUGUUCCAGAAAAGAAAACAGAAAAAUAUGAAACUAGUACUAUUAAUAUCAUUACUAUUAUUAUUACUGUUACUGUUGUUUGUAACACCUAUUUAAUACCUGUAGAAUUGAUUGACAGAUUGCCCAUUGCGUUCCUGCUGUAUCAGAGAGCAUACCAAGCUUUCACUGCCUCAAUAGUGACACCUAGUGGCAGCAAUCUGACACACCAACAAGCCGCUUCACUGCAAAGCGACUGGGAGCGGACCGAGGCUCAAGCUUCUCUUUUACCACGUGCUGUUCACUGGGCUACUCUUUCAAACUAGUCCUGAGUGGCACAGGGGAGAUGCAAUGAACAAAUAAAGUGGACAUGUUUAUUUAUAACAGGGACUGCUGUAUUUAUGGACACAAGACAUAAGAACACUACUGUAUGCAUUUACUGUAUGUCUGUGCAUAUCAGCUUUGUAACGCUGAGGCUGUGGAAUUCACCUAGCAACACUUUUCAAUAAAAUUCAAGAGGUGAUUUAUGGAU